UGCCAUGGCGACCGCCGCCGCCUCCCCGCCCCGCCCCCCCUGUCUCGCCCGGUCGGCGCCCUUCGCGAUGGAGACAACGGGGAUCCCGGGCCGCGGUGGGGGCUCGGCGGCGGGCAGGCCGGCCCGGUACAGCACGGGCACGCGAGAGCUAGUGAAAGCGAUGAUGGAGGAGAUGCAGCUGACGCAUUCCCACAAACGAUACCUGAUGGACUAUGUGAAACGAGGAGAUGCCCUGCCCCUUCAGAGAUUCCCCCCCUCCAGCAAAGAGUCAGUGCCUGUUUCCUGCCCAGCAGCCUGUCAGCCACGCAGGCUUCCAGCUAGACCACUUCUCCGGCCUGCCAAGGUCUGCCGGGCAGGAGAUGCCUACACCCGAGAGAAAUUCAAGCCCCAGCCCACACGUAAGUCAGCAAACAUUGCUAAUAAAUACACGGUGAUGCCCAGAGCCUCUCUUCCCCUUCUGUCCAUCUCCUGCCUCAGUCUCAGCAGUGGCAGCAUAUCUGAACUGCUCCACGUCUUCAGACUCUGUCUUCAAAGAUGCUUCAGAAAUGGAUCUCUGAGGGAACACCUCAGAUGUACCCUAUCACCUGUGAUGAGAUUUGGAAAAGGAGAAGAGAAGACUUCAAAACAUCUUAGCAACAGGGAAGGAUGAGGUGGAGGAUGAGGUAGUGCAGGUGUUUGUUCGGAAAAAGGAAGAGGAGAUAGCUGAGCCUGACCGGUUUGAAGAAUGUACGUCUUCGUGUCCCCAGGAGGGAGGCAGGCAGCUGGGAAGCCAGCUCCCUCCUAGGACUAGGGUGGCAGGCUGUGUUGCCAGUAACCUGAAGCCCAUUACAGGAGGAGCCAAAAAGCCCAGUUUCCAAGAAAAAGGACUCACUGCUGUGACACUCUGAUCCAGCCAUCCUCACAGAGCUUGUACUGCCGAGGUUUGCUGGCAGACAGCUCUCUGGGCUGCCCACACAAAAUGCACCAUGCUGGCAGGGGAAUAGCCUAAUGAUGUGCAGGGAUACCUGGGAAGCAAGUUCUGUUGGUCCUUUUCCCAGCAAGCAUGACUCAACACAGACCAGGUCGCUUAGCCUAGCCACAGUUUGGGCCAUUCCACUCCAGGAUCACAGCAGUUACACUAGCAAAGCUUUAAUAUCAAGCAGAAUUUGAAGCAGUGAAAGACCUUGGCCUGCAGAGUAGACUGGGAUACCAAAACCCUGCCUAAUACCUCUCUGUGUUUGAAUCUUCAAUGUGUGUGUUCUGCCCUGCAAGCCCUUUGCCAGCCAGGACAGCACAAAGAUGGGCAAUGCUAGAAUAAUGUGUACAGAAGGGGUACUUUGGUCCCUGCUGCAGGGAGCCAGAGCAGCUGGUUUCACACGUGCUUGGUAGCCUUCAACACUUGUCACAAGCUGAAUGUUGUCCUUGACACAUCUGUGACAGGAUUUGGAUCAGCUGGGUGCAAGUCUGUGCUGCAAAGCAGCAGCUGAUGAUCCAUGCCUGGCUUUGGAUCAUUGCAGUCACUGGCUGAUGCAUGUCAACUAAUGAACCUCAACAGCAGGUUCUGUCUCCAUCCACAGACUGGUUAAAUUUCCCAAAGCAAAAGAGAAUUGUCUGCGUAAAGAAAACUAGAAAAUUACUGUUCCAGGGAGUCAAGGAGUGGGAAGAAGUUGGGCAGAGGGGACAUUUCCCAUUAUGUAAGGGUCUACUGAGGUAUUGUGAUGACAUGUUGAGCAAGGUGAGUGUUACAGCAGAUAUCACUCUGCCUUGAUGGGACUGCUGUUCAAACAGAACAGGAAAUUUGGGUUCAGAUCUAAACAGAAAUGUGUUUUCUUGCCUUUUGGCUCCACGCUGUUUUCACAGUUCUUUCUCUUAUCCACCAGUGGUGAAUGAAAUUCAAGAGAGGAGGGAAUUCUUGGCAGAGAUGGAAGCUCUAGGACAGGGCAAGAAGUAUCAAGGGAUCAUCCUCAC